AAAUCGGUGUUUUUACAUUUUUAAUUAUAAGGAAUUGCACUUAUCAGAUUAUCACUAUUACGAUGCCACCUACAUCUAUACCAUAAGAGAGAAGUUUGACCUACAAAUUUACCACAUUUGAGGAUGUGGCAGCCACGAGACCGGUCCACGCUGGCGCUGAGUCAGCAGGCACCGACGCCGUUUGGCCCCCGUUACUGCGCGCUGGACCCGGUUGACGCCGCCGCCGCUAACCCUAUCCGGCCGAAUCGAUCCCCUCUCUCCUCCCACUUCCUUCCGCCGCAUUCUUCUUCUUCCUCCUCUUGCCGCGCUGCUCCUUCUUCCCUGCUCGCCCCGCCGCCGCCUCCAGCUCCCCUCCCGCCGCCCCUGCGCCAAGGUGGCCAUGUCCCCUGGCCUUCUGUGACGGAUUAAAGGUAUGUACCCUUAACUCGGCCACGCGGUGCGCCAUGAUCCAGUUUGUAUUGGACUUAGGGUUAGAUAUCAUGGACGCCGAGUUUGUGUUGGGCCUUUGCAUUCCUUGGAUGAUCGUUUUCCAUUGUUUUUUUGGCUUCUGAUGUAGUGGGAGGGGUGGUUGUGUCGCAAUGGGUAGCAGUGAAUGCCCUCCUUGGUAAGUUCGUACUGAACAGAACUGUCUAGGAUGAAUUUAGGAGUUGGUCGCGUCUAAUUCCUCAUUUCUUUUUGAUUGUUUACCCUGAUGCCAGGAUCGAUCCUGGCAAUGCGUUUAGACUAGUGGUUAAGGUUGCUAAGUUUGUGGCUGAUGGCGAGUACGGCCUAGUUGAUAUGGUCGAGCAGCAACAUGACCUAUGGCUGGAUAGAAACUGCAAGUAUUCAUUGGCCCAAUUCCACGAUGAGUUAGCAACAAAAAUAAUCUGGGGGCCAUCUCAAACACUUGCAUUGUGGGUUCUUGACCAAGAUACUGGGUCUGAGUGGAAGAUUAGGAGGGAUGAGCACUUUGACCAGAUGAUUCGGGACAGAUGGAAUGAGAGGUUGGCUGUGAUUGCAGUAGAUGUUGUGACGAAGAAUGGCUACACUGAAAAUGCUACCUCAGGUGCUUCAAAAGGUAGAUGUGUCUCUGGUGUCACUAGUGAGCGUAAUGGAGGACAAAGUGCUGAUGAUGCUGAAGGUUAUGGUGAUACCUACAGUUCCCCACAACAAGCACCUACUGAUUUGCCUAUAGCAGUUGACUGGACUACUCUAACAGUAAUAGGGCAGGCUGAUGAUGAUGGUCUUGCACAAGCCGUUGCUGAUGAGGACAAGGUUUAUGAGGCAAUGGGAUUUGAAGAUGUAGAGCCAACACCAGAAGAAGGUACAGAAGAGGUGCCCAUCCCAGGCAUGUCAGCAGAGAUGCAGGCUGAUAUGGAGGAAGCCGCUGUUAAUGUUGAUGACACAGUCCAUAAAGAACCAAUGCAUGAAUGGGAUAGGGAUAAUCCAGAAAUGAGUGUUGGCACAUUGUAUCCCAGCAUGAAGGAGUUCAGGCUAGCUGUUAGGCAGCAUGCAAUAGUUCAUGAGUUUGAGUAUGAUACUGAGCAUUCAGACAAAGACAGGUUCAGGGCUAAAUGUUCUGCUGUUGCCUGCCCAUGGAUUAUUAGGGCUAGAACCCAACAUGAUGGCAGUGUCAGGAUUCAAAUUAAUUAAUGGGACCAUAAUUGUGCAUCUACCCAAAAGGUUGUAAGCAAGAUAGCCAAUAUAGGUUGGGUGGCAGAGAGAGCAAUCCCACUUCUCAAGAGGGACCCACAGAUGGGGGCAAAAGAACUCCAAGAAGAGCUUAAUUACAAGUACCAGAUUGAGAUACCAUAUCAGACAGUGUACAAUGGUAGGCAGAGGGCAGCUGAUAAGCUUUUUGGUAAGUGGGAUGAUUCAUUUGAUUGGUUGUAUAGGUUUAAGGCUGAGAUAGAGUUGAGAUCACCUGGGAGUGUUAUAGAGAUAGCUACUGUCACUGACCCCAAUGAUGGAAAGAUUAGGUUUAGCAGAUUUUUCUGUGCAUUCAAAGCAAGUAUAGAUGGCUUUCUGAAUGGUUGCAGGCCUUACCUUAGUAUAGAUUCCACUGCACUCAAUGGGAUGUGGAAUGGUCACAUGCCAGGAGCCUUAGGUUUAGAUGGCCACAAUUGGAUGUUACCUGUAGCAUUUGGAUUGUUUGAUUCAGAGGACAAGGAAAACUGGAUUUGAUUUAUGGAACAACUUAGAAAGGCUAUUGGUCCCAUGGAUAAGCUAGCCAUCUGCACUGAUGCAUGUAAAGGGUUGGAAUCAUCUGUGAAGGCAGUGUUUCCACAUGCAGAGAUGAGAGAAUGCUUCAGGCACUUGAUGGAUAACAUGAAAAAAAUACUACACUGGUGAUGUGUAUGAUAACAUGUGGCCUGCAGCUAGAGCCUAUUCAGCUCACAAAUUCAAGUACUUCUUUGAUAAAGUCUUUGAAGCUAGUCCAGAUGUGCAGAAAUGGCUGACACUGCACCAUCCAUUUCUUUGGGCUAGAAGUAAAUUCUCAGAUGACAUCAAGUGUGACUAUAUCAACAACAAUUUAGCAGAAGCAUGGAAUUCUUGGAUUAAAGAGCACAAAGAUCUUCCUGUGCAUUGCAUGGCAGAUGCAAUAAGAGAGAAGAUAAUGAUCUUGUUUGCCAAAAGAAGGAAGAUUUCUAGAGCUUUGCCACUUGGUAUACUACCUGGGAUCAUCCAUCAACUAAAUGCAGCAUCUAGAGGAUUAGGUCACCUAAAGAUUUCCAAGGGCCACCCAGACCAUGCUGAGGUUACAGAAGUCUACAAGGAUGAAGAAGUUAGAAGGCAUGUGGUGUACCUAUCUCAAAAAAUAUGCACAUGUAGGCAGUGGCAGAUAACUGGACAACCAUGUCCACAUGCCUUGGCUGUGAUCACUAGCACAUGUGAUGGCCAUAGAAGUUGUACUCCCAGAAGCCAUUAAUCAGACAACAACAACUAGGAGGUACUUUUUGUUCUGAAAUGCAACAACACUUUUGCAACACAUGAACCAUUAGCAUAACUUUGCACAGGUCCCUAUUUCCUGGAGAUGCUCUGGAGGUUGAAGUGCAAGCACCUAGGAAGAUGACUCCAAAGAAGAAAAAGUUGGCAACUAAGGUGAAGAAGACACCUGAGAAGAAAGGAGCCACAAAGAAGAAAUGACCAGCCUCACUCUUCUUCUUUUGCCAAAACAAUCUUUUGAACGGCCAAAACUGUCUCUUGCAUGGCCUUAUUAUUAUGUAAUGUUAGGCACAAACCCACUUUGUUGGAGAUGCUAGAUGAUGGUCUGUAAUGGCACAAAACAAUAUGUAUGCCAACAAUUGCUAUCUAAUGUUAGGGAUGUUAUGGACUCAAGUUGCCAGAA